UGAGUUUUGUACACUUCAGAUAAAACGAUAUUUUAUACACAAGUGAAAAUCACUCAGUAUAUACCGCAUCAACAACCUGAAUAGUGGCUGACCCUACCCUCUACCAGGGCCGCAGUUAUUAUUAUGUGGAUAUUUUCUCUAACGCGGAGUACAAUUCGGAGACUAACCGUCAAUUUAACUACAGGUGUAUCUAUGAAUAUCUAGGGGAAAAUCAAUCUGUGAUAGAGGGUACGUUCAUCCCAUCUAUGGUCGCCUGCACAGGUUUUUAAGAACAAAAAGUAAGGCGUGGUAUGUCAUACGUACAUUUACUUUGUCUGUGGCAUGAUGUUAUAGAUUACAUCAACCUGUGUUUAUGAAUAUCAUUUUCAUUCUUUCAUGCGUGGGGACAUAAUGGAACAUGCCCCACCACUGCCUAACUGCAGGAUGACUAAGAUUUUUUAAACUCAUUAUUUCCGCAUUGAAUAUUUUGGGUUAUAUUGAGAUAGUUGACAUUACAUCUACAAUGAACCCCAAGUGACUGGAGUGCGAAUUUCACCCAGUCUUUGAUAUUGGCAAGAAAAGAAGGCAAUGCGACACUGUGCCUACAUAUGGAUUUCAUCAGACGUACCGAUACAAUGUCAUCUAGAAAGUGAUUUUAUAACAGGCAUUCAAUUAGCUGUUUUCUACCAAACUUUCAUUGAAAGGAGAAUUUAGGUGUAAAGACCUCUAACCCAAGAUGACACCUAUGACCUGCCAUAUAAUGACAUAAGGCGGCCAUCUUGUAAACUGAGAGGACUUGCCUACGAGCUUGAGCCAGUAACCUCCAAAUGCAUUGUUGUCUUUUUCACCCCUGUUUUCAUCGACAUCAAUGAGGACGAAUUCAUUAAUGAAUUUAGAUCUAUGGUGAUAGGGCUAUUUGGAUCGAAGUUGUAGCUCUGCAAAGGAUCAUGGGCGAGCGAGAUGAAGGAGCAUUUCCUGAAAACCAAAACACAUUGAAUAACGUUGGCGAGCGGAGGAAAUGCCCAGGCAGUCCGAUACUGACAUUAGAAGAAAGGAAAAAGCUGCACACAGUUUAUGUUGGAAACUUACCCAUUGCUGCUGGAAAGGAAGAUGUUUUUGAAUUGUUCAAGAAGAACAUUGCCGCCCCAAGAGAAGUAUUCCUACAAAAUGCCAGUGACAACCAGGAAUCCAAAUUUAGUUUUGUCAGAUUUAUUGAGAAGGCCAGUGCUCUUCGUGCUGUCAAGGAGGUGAAUGGAGUGUCUUGGAGAGGGCGCCACCUUAAAGUGGAGGAGCCCAACAUGGUGGAACAGAACAGCAGAAAUAAUACACAAAAGUCCAUCCUGACUAAAAAGGACAGUUACAAAGCUAAGAUUGACCAAGCGGAGGACCUUCUUCAGCUGUGGCAGCUAAGGCAGUGUGUUCUACAGCCAUGUAGCGGGGAUCAUGUUGCCUACGUCAAGUCCUUCAUGAAGAACGCAAACAUGCAAACUAGCACCAGGAUGAUGGAUACAGAUGUCAGAGGUGCUGGUCAAGUUGAUGGCAACGAGAAAUGGAACAAAUUAGUUGCUGGAAUGGAAAAGCUUCAGCCCUGUGUAUUUACUGCUGAUGCAACAGAAGGAGAACCAUUCUCCCUGGACAUUGCAGGGCUGGAAGAGUUACUGCAAGAAUGCACAACUUCUAAAGCAGGGCCAACAAGCUUGGGUCAUAAAUCAGGCAAGAAGAAAUCCAGGCAACCUUCUGCCCAGAAAAUAAAACGGGAAACUGGACAGAAGACAGAAAACGCACAGACACGGCUAAGUUUCGAAGUGAAAAGUCCAGCUCAAACAGUAUCUGAGUCCCAGUUGGACCAAGAUGUAUCCCCUGGCUCUCUGUCUCACAGGACAGCGUGGAGGGACACGCUCAAGACUGGUAGACACCCUGGUAGUGAUGGUUGUGCUUCUUUACCAACAAGUCCUGAAAAUAAAAGUUUUACUGAGUCAAAAACUUAUCCUGGCUGUGAAUCUUAUAAAGUGAAAAUGAAGCCUGAGGUUUCUUUGGAAACUGCAAGACUAAAGAAUGCAAGAAGCCCCUUUUCAGAAAGUUUUGUUGGACCUACAUCCCCAAAUACACCACAGCAGAAUAAAUAUGGAACUGCUCAGCAUCUUGUGAACGUUGUAUCCUCUGAACAAGCCAAAGAUACUUCACCAAUUGAAACUUUGUCACACGAAAGUGUGCUGCACUCUGUCUCAACAAUUACGUAUGGGAUGUCAUCACCCAGGUGUAUUAAUAGCCUACAGGACAUUUCUAACAUGAAGUUAGUUGAUGUGACAGGAGACAAGGUGACACUUGACAAUAGAAUUGUUGAUACGAAGACUACUGUGUCAUCGGGUUUUAGCACCUCUCCCAGGAGACCUAAUAGUGGGUCUUUUAAAACAGCGAGAAACCCUUUACAGUUUUCAAAUUAA